GUGAGUUUUUGCUGUGUUUCUGUGCAGGUUUUGCAGACGCUGAGCUGUUCGAGGUGAAUGCAGAAUGGCCAGCGCAGAGAGUUCAGCGUCAUCAGCAGAGAACGGAGAGAACGGCAGCGGCGCUCAGGACAGCACGUUUGAGUGCAACAUCUGUCUGGACACGUCCAAAGACGCCGUCAUCAGUCUGUGCGGACAUCUCUUCUGCUGGCCGUGUUUGCAUCAGUGGCUGGAAACCAGGCCGAACAGACAGGUGUGUCCCGUUUGUAAGGCCGGCAUCAGUCGAGAUAAAGUGAUCCCGCUGUACGGCAGAGGCAGCACCGCACAACAAGACCCCAGAGAGAGAACUCCUCCACGACCGCAAGGACAGCGUCCAGAGCCAGAGAACCGAGGCGGCUUUCAGGGCUUCGGCUUCGGCGAUGGAGGCUUCCAGAUGUCUUUCGGUAUCGGGGCUUUUCCUUUCGGGAUCUUCGCUACAGCGUUUAAUAUCAAUGACGGACGACCGCCUCCAGCAGCUCCAGGAAGCCCUCAGCACACGGAUGAGCACUUCCUGUCCCGCCUCUUCCUGUUCGUGGCGCUCCUCAUCAUGUUUUGGCUGCUUAUUGCUUAAACACUGACGAACUGUUUAUCGUCCUCGUCAGAGGACAGUUCAGUUUUCUUCCCAGAUAUGAUUUUAAUAAACACCAGUCUUAUUUCACUCACUGUAGCAGAGCAAGUAGAACUCAUAUGAAUGCAUAAAUAAUAUACAUCCUAACAAUAACUUCAGAUACAUCAGGUUUUCAUCGCAAUGUCUUUCUUUUGUGCAAAACUGCGUUUGCACAGUGACUCAUUUCACUAAAGUCUGUUCUGUUAAACUAAAGUUAUGAUGAUAACUGAUUUUACGUAUAUUUAAACAUUUUGGCGCACAUC